AUGGAGGCGGCGUCUCCUAGAGCUGCGAACGUGGAGCAAGAACUCAAGCAGCCAGUCUUAAGUACUGUAUGCCAAGUAUCGGACCCUGCCGAAUGUGAUAUGCCGACGCCGAAAGAGGUCCCGAACAAAGAUUCCAGAGAGGGCGAUGCCAUCGUUGCGCAGCUGGAAUCUGGAUCUGUAUUGCUUAAUCAAAUCAACCAGAGUAUCUGUGAGCUCACGAGUUCGAUCAAAGAGCUAGUCACUUCCAGAACAGAACAGGCACCCACAGCGAAGUCUGACGAACCUGAUGCAAAGAAUUCGAAAGACCAGAAGGGAGCCACUAAAGUUGAAGGGAACGUAAUCACUGAAGAAGAGACAAAUGGCGUGGUGUUCUCGGAAAAGGUCGUUCCUCAAGUGCGAAAUUGCAAUUGGGAACAGUUCAAGAACAGGGAUGACGGGGGAGAAGAAGUCUUCGCUUUGGAGGUACUGAUUACCAGUGGAUCAUUUCCACGUCAAAUGGAAGACGAGGAUGCCAGAAGGGCGCGCAUUCCUGGACGAAAGCCUGAAGUCCAACCUGAUUCUGAGGACCCCACCCCGAUCACGAAACAUGGUCUAGCGCAUAGCGCAGUACGCAGAGGCAGCUGGAUUCAUCAGGUCCGGAUCAAUUCCAAAGCCGUCAUGAAGAUGCUUGGGAAGUUCAGUGAUGCCAACAAAGCCUGGGAAGGGAAGCCACAUACGUUUCUGCAGCCUUUUCGACUUCUCAUUCACUUCCACGAGAAGAUGAAGAAGGAGCUUCAGAUCAUCGAGACAAAGGUUGCAGGCUCAUCAGCACCACCAGAAACAAAGGGAGCCUCGCUGGAUGAGAUCAAGCCGAUGGAUAUAGCGCCUGCUUCCGUUGCCGAUGAUGAAGACACGAACAAUAAGAAAGAGCAAGAUCCAGACGAUCUGGAAGCGUUGUAUUUGGAGAGAGAAACGCUUGAAGAGGUCCAGUGCUAUGUCAACUUUGUGGAAGAGCACCUGCUACCUCUGCGCCAACAAUUCCGUGAUCCGACCGCUCCAGGGGUGCCUAAAGUUGGCUACGAAGACCUGAGCUAUCUCUUCGAGCCCGGCGAUCUUGUGUAUGUCCCAAAGUCUGGCCAACAAGGACCUAGCGCAAACUCAACCACGCAGGAGAUCCGCAGAGUAUUUCAGGUCCAUGUCGGCUACAACAAAGAGUUGACCGGCUGCGGUUGCUCCAUCUGCAAGGUACAGAAGUUUACCUCCAUCCAGUCAUACUAUUUAGACUAUGAUGGCGAGGGAUACGGUUGUGUUAUGACUCCAAUCCCUUUCGAACCAUUUGCGGGGAAGAAGCUUAUCACUGAGCUGCCAUGCUACCCACUCCGAUUCGUCGAGGAUCGAGAAACGAAGCUGAAACACGCCAAGAGUGACGGGUCCAGAUUCGUGGAAAACAUCGCUAAACGAUACGGCUAUUAUAACGGAUGGUCGGUCAUCAAAAGCCCCGCCGGGGACGACAUUGAAGACACAAAAGGGGACAUAAUUAAGAGUCCAGAGCAUAUCGACAGCGACGUCUUGGUGGACUUCACCGAAGCUUCCAACGUAUACCCAAGGUGGAAACCCGAGCUUACCACACUAGAAGAAGAGACAUGCAACCUGACACCGGUUAGCGAUGACACAUCCAUCAUAACAUGGAAGGGCUCUGACCGCAAAGAUCUUCUUCGGGAAAGCCAUGACAGUCUCAUGGAUGAUAGUUUGUUCGAGUCCAUGGAGUACAAUGCUUAUAUCAAGCGCGAUGCCUUUCUCGCAAAGCAGCAUAACGAAGUUCCUCCUACGGAAGACGACCUCGCUCUUCUACCACGGCGCAUGUUCGCGUACGCUGUAGGGGACCGCAAAUUUGUGCAUAUCGACUCCCGCUAUCUUAAGCCCGUAAAACAGCAAGGCAAAGAGGGCGAAGCAUUUGCGGACCUUCAGAUUGAGAACACGAACAAACGACUCAUCGAAUCGCUUCUGAAAUCGCACUUCAGGAAGAAGCAGGAAGAAUCGGAAGGGACUGAAGUUCUCUCGCAAGAUCUCAUCCGAGGAAAAGGCCGAGGUAUUGUCAUCCUCCUGCAUGGUGAACCUGGCGUUGGAAAGACCGCCACAGCUGAGGCUGUUGCCCAGAAAUACGAGAAGCCGCUGUUUCCCAUCACCUGCGGUGACCUUGGGUUUACUCCGGAAGGUGUGGAGAAGUCGUUGAAAGAAUUCUUUCGCUUGGCCCAUCUUUGGGACUGCAUUCUGUUACUCGAUGAAGCCGAGGUCUUUAUUUCGCAAAGAGAUAGGAAUGAUCUUCAAAGGAAUGCGCUGGUAUCGGUAUUUCUCCGAAUGCUCGAGUAUUACAACGGCGUGUUGUUCCUCACGACCAAUCGAGUCGGGGUUCUUGAUGAGGCUAUCAAGUCUCGAGUUCACCUCCAUCUGCGAUAUGACCAGCUCAACAGACAACAAACAACGGAAAUCUUCAAGCACAACAUUAAUCGACUCAAGAACAUCGAACUUCAACGCCAGGACGCAGCCGAUCGCUUAUACAUCAUUGAGAGCGAGAUCAACGAAUUUGCGCUGACCCAUUUCGAUGAGACAGCCAAGUCUGGCGUAGGCCGAUGGAAUGGCAGACAGAUUCGAAACGCAUUCCUCAUCGCUGCUUCGCUAGCGCACCUUGAUGGCGAGAAUAACCCCGGCAUGCAGAAGCAGCUCCGAAAGAUGCAUUUCGAUGAUGUCGCCCAAACGACCAAGCUGUACGAUAGCUUCAGAAUCGCCACCCUGGACGGGGAUGACAGUAGUCUCGCUCACGAGCGCAAUGACCGAUAUAACGGUUUUGAUCAACGUUCUAGCGUAGCUAUACCGAGUAGCCCAUAUGGACACCCUUCGUAUGCACCGCCGCAUCGUCCUGGGCCUCCCGGCUACUAUGCUGCACCAACCGCUCAGCAUGAACGCGCAAACCCUAUGGAACCUCCGAGACACAUGCCCAAGCCUACCACGCCAGUAGCAUAUGAGCAACCGCCAUCCGAUGUAGGAUAUAGUCGUCAGUACGAAGCUGGUUCAAGAUCAUCGAUGGGAGGAGCAGAGUGGCAGCAAGGACAGUAUCCCAACCAGCAAUACGGAUAG